GAUGAUUUUUGAUCGACUUGUCGGAGCACACACUCGUUCCCGAUGUGACGUCACAUAUCUAAUGAAUUUAUAUUUACAACUUCAAGGCGAGUAGCGACCGAACACAGUAACAACGAUUUAAUUUUCCAUCGUUUUCAACAGUAUCGCGGAUAUUAUCAUGGGUGGACUUGUUCGCGAUUCGUUAUUUUUUUGUGUCCUUAGUAACCCUUCUUAAGGGACCAUCUUGUAGUGGGUGACGUCACCGCGUGCGGUGUUACGAGAGCUUUUGUGUGUUUUGAAAAUAGUUUUUUGGAUUUUUGAAAAAUGAGUUCGUCAGCGGAAAAUAAAGUUACCAAUAGGAAGAUAAACAGGACCGACAGUGAAGUGGCAUGCGAAGAAGCUGCGCGCUUAACCGCCGAACAACAAGAAGAUGAUUACGAAGACGAAUAUUGUUAUUACCACGAUCUCCCUCCACCUCCGGAUGGAGGAUACGGUUGGGUUGUGGUGUUCGCUUCGUUUAUGUGUAACAUGGUCGUCGACGGAAUCGCCUACACUUUCGGUAUCUUCCUUUCCGACAUAGUAUUCUUCUACGGGGAAACCAAGGGAAGAACAGCUUGGGUGGGAUCUCUGUUAUCGGGAAUGUAUCUAAGCGCCGGUCCGUUGGUCAGUGCUCUAACCAAUAAAUUCGGUUGUAGGGCUGUUUGUAUAUCGGGUAGUAUAAUUUCUACGAUUGCUUUCGUUUUAUCUAUAUUCAGUCCUACGGUGAAUUGGUUGAUGUUGACUUACGGUUUCAUCGGUGGUAUCGGUUUCGGUUUGAUAUAUUUACCUGCGGUGGUUUGCGUCGGUUAUUACUUCGAAACUAAGAGGUCUCUAGCUACCGGGAUAGCUGUUUGCGGAUCUGGAGUCGGUACUUUUACUUUUGCACCUUUAGCUACUAUGCUAUUAGAGGAAUACGGUUGGAAAGGAGCUAAUUUGAUAUUAGCAGGACUAAUACUCAAUUGUAUCCUAUUCGGAGCUCUAAUGAGACCUUUAGAAUACCCCAAAGAUAGUGGGGAGAAACCGUUGUUACAAAGAAUGGCGGAAGAACGUAAAUUAGCGAUGGAGAGAGGUAGCAUUGGAGGAUCUUAUUUCAUGGUUCAACUUCCUGAUGGUUCGAUGGAGAAGAGGAUGAAACAGCCGAUUAAUAGGGACCCAGGGGUGCAUUCUAGUUUGGCGUUGGAUCAAUUAGCAGCCGGUAGUAAUAUGACGCCGAUUCCGACGGUUCCUACUUUACCGACUAUUGCCGAAGCUAAAGUAACCGAACAUAGCGGUAGUUCCGGUACGCCUAGUCCGAGGGAAAGUACUAACGAAAUUAAAGGGGUUAAAGUGAAAUUGGAAAGUCCUACGGCGGAACCAGCGCAGAUUACAAGGAUUAGAAGGGAUUCCGAUAAUAGUGAUGUACAGAGGAAUACGAAAAUAAUGCCUAGGAAUGCUAGUCAGCCCGCUUUUAGUACUCACGUUCAAGGUAUUCCGAAAAAUGGUUCGGUGCCUACUUUCGAUAGGAUGAGAAAAACGUCCUUCGGGGAAAAAUUCAAACCCACGUUAGUACCUAUUAAAUCUUCUUCCAGGAACGCGGUUAAUAGCUCCAAUGGUGAUAUGAGGAAGAAAAGGAACGAUUCCACUGGUUCUUUUAUCAGGAAUAACGCCAGCGAGGUCGACGUGGAAAGUUUAGCUUAUACAUCAAAAUUAUCAAUAAAUAGUAAAAGAGAACGACAAAUGGUUAGGCCUAUGUCUAGAAAGGACAUCUUCUAUUCCGGAUCAGUGCUCAAUUUACCAGAAUACAAAUCUCAAAAGUCUUUGACUAAUUACAGGCAGAGCAUUCUGAGCAUACCUCAAAUUAAAGGAGAUGAUGAUGGCACACCCGGAGACAUCUGCCCCUGUUUGGUACUACCUGACAGUUUUAAAUCUGCGCUUGCGCAGAUGUUAGAUACGAGCUUAUUGAAGAAUCCAGUUUUCGUACUCAUAGGAAUAUCGAAUUUAUUCGGAAUGGCCGGAUUGUAUAUACCAUUCGUAUAUCUAGUUGAAUGUGCAAAAUUAGAUGGCAUAGACGCUUCGAAAGCUUCGUUUUUGUUGUCGAUUAUCGGCAUAACGAACACUAUCGGUCGUCUGGUGUGCGGUUACAUCGCCGAUUUCCCGCAAGUCAACGCGCUUUUCGUUAAUAAUUGUUGUCUGAUUGUAUCUACGGUAUCUGUUGCUGUGGUACCGUUUUGUCACACUUACACCCUCUACGUCACUGUUUCCAUAUUUUUUGGGAUCGCCAUUUCCGGUUACAUUUCUCUAACGUCGAUCAUUUUGGUCGAUCUUCUCGGAUUGGAAAAAUUAACCAACGCUUUCGGCCUUCUGAUAUUAUUCCGAGGGGCUGCGGCCAUAGUGGGAUCACCACUAGCAGGUGCCUUAUAUGACGCAACUCAAACUUAUGCCGUACCUUUUUAUGUUGGAGGCGGACUUUUCGCUCUUUCCGCCAUCACAAGCUUCAUAGCCCCCUGUUUGAAGGGAUUCGUACCAUCGGACGAACCUUCGCCGGGUGAUGGAGACGCGCUUACGCCCAUCGACGAAGACGAGGAAGAGGAAGAGGACGACGAGCCUAUUACAAUGGGAGGCGGCGGUGGCGGAGGACAAAAAAAUAUUCCGAAAAUAACCGAAACCGCUUCGUCGUCGCCCGAAGAAAAAGAAAUACAAUUGAAGGAAUCUGUUUUAUAAAUAAGUUGAAAUUAGGUUACUUGAUGGAAUUUUUUCCCGGAAAAAUGUUUAUUAACGUUUUUUUAAACUGUGAUAAGAGGAACUGUACGCGUCUAACAUUUAUUCCAAAUAGUCGUUGGACGGCGGCAAUUUUUUUUGUUUUAUUUUAAAAUGAAAUGAAGAAAUCGUAAAUAUGCGUCUAUUUUGGGUGAUGAUGCGGUGAAUAAUAAAUAUUUUUCCAGGUUCUAACAAAUAUUGUGGAUGCCAUUUUUUUUUGUAAAAAAAAUAUUUAUAUAACCACUAGAUGGAGUUGUAAAAAUAUCCAACCAUCUGACGCUCAAAGUUAACAUGCCGAGAAAAAAACUUUUUAUGUACAAAGUGUUGAAAAAAAAUAUCCACCGGCUUCUUUGUGAUCGUAUUUUUCCAUCGAUCCUCGUAUAACACCGAUUUUGACUAUUCUCACUUCUUUUAAGUGUAAACUUUCUUCUGCAUUAUUUUUUUGUCGAUUAUCACGAAUUUUGAAAAUUUCCCACUUCUUUUAACAGUAUUUUUUAUUUCCUUCUUGUAUAAUAUCGAUUUUGUUUUUUUCCAACUUUUCUCACAUUAUUUUUUUAUUUCCCCUCGUAUAAUCCCCUUUUCUUACUGUCUUUCACAAUAUUUUUAGAAUUUUCCUUGAAUAAUACUCAUUUCGACUAUUUCUUACUUCCUUCCACAGUAUUUUUUAAUUCCUCCUCGUAUCAAAAGUUUUUUAUUCUCUAUUAUUUCCUUCCACAUUAUUUUUUGAUCUUUCCUCUUAUAACACCGAUUUUGAGCAUUUCUAAUUUCCUUCGACAUUAUUUUUGAUUUUUCCAACUUAAAAAACUUCUUUUCACAGAAUUUGUUGAUUAUUCCUCGUAUAAUGAAUACUUCUACUUCCAUUUCAACUAUUUCACUUCUUCAUUGUAUGAUCCUGAAUUUUACAUCUUCUAGCGUUCUUCCACUUCGUAUAACGUCCGUUUAUUUAUUUUUUCUUAUCAAUGUUUUCUUUGUACCUCGCAUAACACUGGUUUAGACUUUUUUUGAUGUCUAUCCACUUAUUAUUGAAUGUUUUUAUUCCUCCUGGUAAAAUAGUAAUUUUCAUAUCUUUAAACUUCUGAUAAUUCAAUUCGUUUUUUUAUCAACAAAUUUUUCUAAUGUACAUCGUCAUCUUCUUUUGACACAUAUUUAUUUUCUUUUUCACCUCUGUAUAUAUAAAAAUAUUUUCUACUUUCUCUAACACAUAAAUUACUCAUUUUAUUUUUUGAACAACUAGUUUUUUUUAAUUCUCCCUCGUAUAACAUUGAUUCUGUCUCCUUUUGACAUUCGCCCACUUAUACUGUCAUAAUAUUUUUUAAUUGCUCCUUGUAAAAUAGCAAUUUUUAUUACUUUUAUAUCCAUUCACUUAUUUCUUUUCUUUUUAUUCUCCCUCGUGUUAAACUGAAUUUGUUUUGUAUUUAUGUUUAUUCACUAAUUUUGUCAAAAUAUUUAUUGAUAAUUGCCAGUAAAAUAAUUAAUUUGAUUUCAUGUAACGUCUAUUAAUUCAUUAAUUCCUUUUUACUGAGGAAUUAUUUUGAAUUUAACUCUUAUAAUAAUGAUUUUGUCUUUUUUUGAAAAGCAUUUACUAAUUUUGUUUUCUUGUCGAAGUUUUUUUUUGAUUUCUCUCUCUUUUUAAGUGUACCUCGUAUAAUAUUAACUUUUUUAACGUUCAUCCAUUGAUUGUGUCAAACAGUUUUGAUUUGACGGUAAUCUACUGAUUUUCUUUUUUCAUCAAAAUAUUUUUUGGUUUCUCUUGGUAAAAUAGUGAUUUUAACGACCGAUUAUUUGAGUCUACCUUGUAUAACACUGUCUCUGUCUUAUUUUUACGUUCAUUCAUUGAUUUUGCCACAAUACUUUUUUAUUUCCUUUUAGUAAAAUAGUGAUUUGUAUUUGUUCUAACCCUUUUUUAUUCAAUUAAUUUUUUGUCUACUUAUUGUUUCUAAUUUACCUCGUAUAACAUGUAUUUUGUCUUUUUUUAAAGUUCAUCCACUGAUUUUCGUUUUUGUCAAAAAAUAUUUUUGUUUCUCUUUGUAAACUAGUGAUUUUCAUUUAUUACUACUUCCGCUCCCCUAUUUUAUCGACGCAUUUCUUUGAUUCUACCUCGUAUAAAAUUUGACGUCUAUCCCUCUAUUUUUUGAUUCUCACCUUUUUUUUCUUUCUUGCACCUCCUCAAUUCCUUUUUUCGAAACGUGUAUUCUUCCACGUAUAACAUUGACCAUUUCUAAUUCCAUUUCAAAUUAUUUUUCGAUUCCUCCACGUAUAUUAUCAAUUCCCACAAUUUUUACUCACUUAUCCGCAAUUAUAUUUAUACGAGGGUUAAUCUGAAGUUACUUAAUACAAUAUUACAUUCAAAAUGAUUUUUUUUCUCAAUCAAAUGUAGAAACUUGAUUACGAGGGUUGUAUGAAAAGCAAUUGGGUAUUUCGUUUAAUCUCAUGUUUUGGGUUAUUGAUUAAUUAAUAAUAGAAGUGUCAUGGCGUGUUAAUUUUUCGCAAUGGAUUAGAAUAAAAUAUACUGUACGUCUUUUUAUUGACGGUCCAAUUUUUUUUGUUGUCGCUUUAUAUUUUGUAAUUGUUUAUUAGGUACGUACGAUGUAAUUUCUUUUUUUUCUAGUGUGUGUGUGUGUGUGUGUAUGUGUGUUGAUAGAAUUUUAUGGACGAUUUUCAAUAUCGUUACCAAUUAUUAUUAUUUUUAAAUUAAUGUACAUUUUUUACAGGGCGUUCUAUAGAAGAAAUCCAUAUUAACGAGCAAGUAUUAUAUUUAAAUUUAGUUAUUUAGGUUUCAAUGUAGCUCUCGUUUUUCAUAACUUUCUUUUUACCACCCUGUAUACCAGAUAUUCGUGAUACGAGUAAUUCUACUCGUUUGAUCCACUGAAAUCUCGGGGUUUCUUUUAUUUUUAUCACUAAUUGAUAAUCCUGAAUCAUUUUAUAAUGAUUGAAAAUAAAUCAUUGGAAAAAUCUCAGGAAAGAAAAUUUUUUUUUGUAAUUUCACGUGAUUUUCGUAAGUUCCAUUCUGUAGUGAUAAUUUUUGAGUUUUCCAAACGGCAUUUGUUUUCAAAUCUUAGAUAUACAAAAAAUGAUUGAUUCAAUUUUAAUUUCGUUUUUCUUACUUUUUGUAUUACCCUAUAUUUAAAAAAUCGAUAGUAGGAUUCAAUUGAAGAUUUUCACGCAUUUGGUAUACAAAUUACCGAAUUUUAUCGAGUUUUACUUCUAGUCUUUUAUUUAGUAAUUUUCUCAAAUCAUUAAAAGUUGAUUGAAAAGAAAAAAUUUUGAAAAAACCCUUGAAAAAUAUGUUUUUCUUGUAUGUUCACAAGAUUUUCGCAGUUUUAAGAUGUAUGUCAAAAAUCGACAAAAAGAUUGUAAUCCCAUUUCCACGUAAUUUAAUAUACAAAAAUACCAAAUGUUCUCCCGAUUUUCCUCUAUUUUUUCAAUAAUUAUUUUUUUAACGUUUUAUUAUAAUGUUUCACCCUGUAUACUCAUAAUAGAUAAUAGGCUUCAAUUCAACAUCAACAAAAUAUCAAAAGUUUUUGCGUUUUUCUUCUAUUUUUCAAUUAUCAUUUUUUAAUAAUUUCAAAAAUAUGUAAAAAAGUCUUAUUACCACGUAUUACCACGCAUCUCAUAUAGAAAAAAUAGUUUUCUCACGUUUUUCUUUUAUUUUUGUCGUUAAAUAAUUUUUCUUUCAUAGUUUUAAAAUGAUUUUUGAAAAAAUCGAGAAAAACAGCCUUUGUCUUAUAAAUUUACGUGAUUUCAUAAAUUGAAUUUUUCAAUAAAAAUAUCUGGAGGAUUUCCAAACAAAAUCCAUUUUAAAAUAUUUCAAUAUACAAAAAAAAUUAUUCAAUAUAAAUCUUGUUUUUUUUUACCAUAUUUUAUACCAAAAAUACGAUUUAAUGGGUCAGUUUUAUAUUUAAUAUAUUAAACAACCAAUUUUUUUCUAAUUUUGUCACUAGUAAUUUUUUUAAAAAACCGUUUUAAGAAUAUUCGUAUUUUUUGAUGCACCAAUAAUUAUAUAAUUUUAUUGAUCAAAAAAACUGACUGGUAAAAAAUAUUUCCCUUUAUUAUUGAUUUAAUAAAUGAUUUGUGAUUAGUGAUACUUAGUAUUUUUGUGAAUAUUAGUCUGUAAAUUUUACGUAGGCCAUGUACAUUAAAAAAUAAUAGUAUUUAUGAAUGUAUAAAAAUAUUUCUUCGACAAU